AUUGGGCCGUAUCUGGUGGAAGCCCAUAAGCUUAAACCCUUGGCUUCAGUCUCUGUUUUCUUCACCGACCACCACGGCGGCAACUCACCGAUCGAUCAAAGUCCCCCCGCUGCUUAUCUCACCGUAACUAUCUCCGUAGCUCGCCGGAGAUCCAUCAAGAAACAAAAUGACGUGGCUGAGGCGGGCGGUUCCUCUCCGAUACUUGACAUCCAACCGAAGACUCCAAAAUCCUCCAUGGAUGACAUACCCUGCUGCCUUGUACUCAGAUUCUACCGAGAAGAAAGGCAAAGUCACGCCUUUGCAGGAGACUAGAAUGAGGGAUAGGUUUACUCUGUACGCACGUGGCGGCGAAGGUGGCAGUGGCUGUUCUAGCCUCCGCCGGAGUCGUACCGAUCGCUUCGGAAAACCUGAUGGUGGAAAUGGUGGGAGAGGAGGUGAUGUGAUAUUAGAAUGCACACACGCUGUUUGGGACUUCAGCGGAUUACAACCUCAUGUUAAAGGUGGGAAAGCUGGACAUGGAACUUCCAAGAACAGGAUUGGUAACAGAGGAGAAGACAAGGUCCUGCAAGUCCCCAUUGGGACAGUGAUUCAUCUACAAGAGGGUGAGCUUCCAUCCCAGAUCCAAGUCGGCUCUCCCAAGAGUUCGGAUCCAUGGGACCUUCCUGGCACACUUGUUGACGACCCUGCAUCAGAUGAAAACUCUGACGUCGAUCAAGAUUCUUCUGUUGAAUCUGAAUCCGAGGCAGAGAGUGUAGCAUCAGCAUUACAUGUAGGCACGGAAGGGGAAACUGAUUUUGAAGAAGGACAAGUCAGGUACAACGUUGCGGAACUAACAGAAGAAGGCCAGAGCAUAAUCAUCGCACGUGGCGGCGAAGGAGGUUUAGGUAACAUCUCCGCUACACGUUACUUAAGAGGCACCAAGUUCGCUAAAACCUCCACGUUGAGAACAAUGGAAGGCGACUAUGACGAUGAUGAUGGUAACGGUAAUAGUAAUGGUCAGCGCACGAGUAUUAAAUGCGGCUCCCUUGGUACAGAGUCUGUCUUGAUACUAGAACUAAAAAGCAUCGCCGACGUUGGCCUCGUCGGGAUGCCAAACGCCGGGAAAAGCACGCUUCUCGGUGCGCUCUCGCGCGCCAAGCCCCGCGUAGGCCACUACGCGUUCACGACGCUGCGUCCCAACUUAGGAAACGUAAACUACGAUGACUUCUCAGUCACGGUAGCUGACAUUCCAGGGCUCAUCAAAGGAGCGCAUCGGAACAGAGGGCUAGGGCACAACUUCCUCCGCCACAUCGAGCGGACCAAAGUGCUGGCUUACGUCGUGGACUUGGCCUCGGGGCUAGACGGCUGCGAAGGUGUGACGCCGUGGCAGCAGCUGAGGGAUCUUGUGAUGGAGCUUGAGUAUCACGAAGAAGGGUUGUCUGAUAGGUCGUCUUUGAUCGUGGCGAACAAGAUUGAUGAGGAUGGUGCGGAUGAGAGGUUGGAGGAGCUUGAGAGGAGGGUGAGAGGAGUGAGGAUCUUUCCGGUUUGUGCGGUUCUUGAAGAAGGUGUGGAUGAGUUGAAAAAUGGUUUGAAAAUGCUUGUUAACGGUGAUGGGGAGGGAUCGGAGAGAUUGAAGUUGGAGAAUAUCUCUGUUGACUAGUUUAGUUUUUGUAUCUCUUUUGAGUUAUUACUAUUUUUUGGAAAUUAUAGGCACAUUAUUACGUACGUUAAUCCAUUGCGCCACCAUACAUAUAAUAUGAUCUGGAGUUGCAUA